AGGUAUCGCGUCACAUCAACACUCCUUCCUAAUGUUCGCGCUGGAACGAUUUCGUAAACACAGCUCUAAACAGCUUGUUAAGCCAUAAGAAUCUGUAUUUUGGAUCUCCAUUAUAUUCACAGACCAAGAAAGACGAGGUAUCGUACCUUAAAAGCUGAGUUUGAGGCAAUUAUAAUCAGAAACAACAAAUUAGAAGAUCCUGAGGUAGCUACUGAAGAAAGCACAAGACACCAUGAAAGUCCUGAGUUCAAUACUCUUUGUAUUGACCUUCUAUGCCUACGUAAAUUGUAUUGCGCACAGCUUCGAUAGCUCGCAUGCAAUGUGUAAACCAAGGCUGACUGUUCUCCAAGUCGACAAAGAGUUCUCAGAAAAAGAGUAUGUAUACCCGUAUCACAUCCAAGUUCAUCAGUGCGGUGGUUCUUGCAAAGCUCAUCCGAGUAUACAAAAUUGCAAACCAAAAACAAUGCAUGAGGUGAAAAUCCCCCUGUACGACCGCAAGACAUCGUUAAUGACACAUGUGAUAAUUCAGAAUCACACAAGCUGCUACUGUGACUGUGUAAAGUCUCCCAUGGACUGUAGAUUUGAUCGGGAAGACUGGAAACAAGAUCAAUGCCUCUGUAAUUGUAGAUAUAAAGAAGCACCUCCCAAAGACUUGGCAUGUAAAGCAGGAUUCAGAUGGGAUUCCAAUGAUUGCCGUUGUAGAUGCGACAGACCACCAUCUUCUUGUCCCCCAAGAAAGGAAUGGAAUAAAGACGCUUGUGAGUGUACUUGCACAAAACGAGUCAUUAAUCGAUGCCAAAGAAAGAUGAAAGGGCUUGAUUAUGAAAGCUGUGAGUGUGUCGAUGUGGAAGCUUUAAAACUACGAGGUUCUGCCGCGCAACCAAAGUCGGGAUUGUACAUUUCGCUGUUAAUCGUCCUAGCGGUUGUCGUGUUUGGUUUAUUGUGUGUCAUCACACACUUAAUUAUCAAAUUGAAGAGAAGACAUUCAAUUGAAUACAAUCAAGAAAGAUGUCCUUCUAAAACGUCUCCUUCUAUGACAGACUCUGGGAAUAUGAGCUAUUCUAAUGGAAGCGUGGCUCGUGAUGCAGAUGUUAGAACAAGCCACCAAACCGACAGCAAUGGUUCAGUACACUUUACGACACAAAUCAGUAGGGAGUCUACCCUUUGAAAAUCUUUUUAAAACGACAGGAAAUCAUCACCAAGAUGAACUGGACCAGUCUUUACUAGUGCUAGUUUUCGAGGCUAAAAAACUGGCGCGUUCACCAAAUAUGUCGGCUUUUUUCCCACUCUUUAUAAAGUCAUACGUCGUCAUCAAGGCCCAUGGACCACCAGUAUUCAAAUGUGGUCGUGUUUUAGAUUUUUCAAAUACGGAAAUCAUGAGGUGACUUUAAAUAACACUUCGAAGUCCGUCGAAAGGUCGAAUCUUACAAUAUCCAUUACAUAGCAUAAAGGAUAACAAAGAGUACUACGUUUUUGGUUACRUUACGAUGUAUUUUCGUUUUCAAACAUAAGCUCGAAAGGGAUGCUGGUGGACUGUGGACCUUUAUAGGUUUAUUUGACAGAGAGAAAGACAUUGUUUAACUCUCAAAGAUUAACAUUCCUAUGAAAAUAUUUUAUUGUGCAAAAUUAGGUAAUGAAGUCGCAUCACAGAUGUUUAAAAACAACGAUAAGUAAAACAACGUUAAUUUAAACUAUUACUUAACACAGCGGAAAGUGCCGUAAAUUCCGCCACGGCUCUAUACUUUGAAUCUAGAAUUAGAUUCAGCGGAACAAGGGAUAUUUUUUUACCUCGCAUAUUGUAUAUAUCUUACAUAGUCAGUUAGCAAAGUAUAUCCGUGAAUGCCAAAUUCCUACGUGGUCGUUAAAGUUCUAAAAUCCGAAAAAAAAUCAUUCACGAUUUUACUCUUUGCUUCGAGUAAAUGAGAUGCUUUAAACCCGUGAAAUCACUCUUUUUUACUAUUUCACGGAUUUAAUGUGGCGUAAUUCUCAAAUACCUAGUAAUUUUAAUAUGUAAUAUAUAGAUUCAUUGAUUUGUGUAUUUAAGGUAUUUUUUUAUUUAAAUUAUUUUGGUAGUUUCUAUAAGGCAUAUUGUUAGUGUACUUUUCAUAAAAGGAUUUUUUACUGAAAAAGGUAUCACCUUUUGUCGAAGUACCUGAAUCUUUUGGGAUUGAAUUUCAUACUUGUUUUCAAAACUCAGUCUUUCAAAUAUUUGUUGCUGUACUCAAGGCAAGGAUAAUGGAUUGGCGAUGUAAUCUCCAGGUCUUAUCUCUCUUGAUAAUCCAUGAUCCUAUAAGAGAUAGGAUACUCUUCUUUUUAACAGACAGCAGAAUAUACAUUGUUGAUAUAAUACUAAGUCAUUUAGUUCCCAUGUAGUUCCUAUGUAGAACUGUUAUUGUUAUAGAGAAAUAAAAAUAUAUUUUCAUAACAA